AUUAUAAAUAUUUUAGUGUUUUAAAAGUUAUAUAUUGCUAGCAGAUUAAGAAAGUUUGUAUUUGAUUGUUAAACACGACAAAAUAGGAAGGGAAAAGUCCUACUUGUCAAAGAACAAAGAAGAGCCGUCAGUAAAUAACCAAAAUUUCACGUAGUUCACUUAAAAUGUCGAGCCUCAUCCAAGAAAGUUUACACAUCAAUUUACGUGUUUUGGAGUUUUUUUUGUUGUAUACGCCAGGAGAACCCACUAAUUUUCAAAAAUUACGAUCUAGCAUUUUGUUUUUUGCUCUUAUGUUUCAUGUUCCGGUGUUGAGUGGAAUAAAUUUAAUUGUUGGAAAACACGAUAAUCCUAUGAAAUUGGUAGAUAAUUCGUUUGGGUUUGUUGGUCUGUCGUGUUAUAUAGCGAAAUUGUGGCCUCUAAUUGGAAACAGGUCGAAAAUAAAAGUCUGUAUAAAUUAUUUGGACAAACCGAUCGUAGAACUCAGAGAAAACCAGAAAGGUAUUCUCCAGGCUUGCAGCAAAAUUUGUAGAAGAAAUUCUAAUAUUUUUCUGUAUUACAUGAUAAUUUCUGUUACUGGUUUCGUAACGAAACCUUUUUUGUUUGAGGAGAGAGGAUUUCCAGUCGAUGUGUGGUUACCUACAAGUCUUAAAGAUCGUUUAGAUGUUUAUUGGGGUUUUUACAUUUAUGUGUCAAUAGGAGUUGCAUAUCCUGUAAUUGCUAGUGGAGUCUUGGAUCCAUUAAUUCCAAGUCUACUUUGUUUAGCUACAGGUCACUUAAAAGUUCUUAAUGAUAAUCUCGAACAUCUUGACGAAUAUAGCAGUGAAGAAAAUGGAUCAAAAGAUAGUAAUUUGUACAAAAACAUACAAAAAUGCAUCAAACAUCAUAUCGAAAUUCUGAAUUUUGUGUAUAAUCACCAAAAAUGUUUCUCAUUAAUGGUGUUUAGUCAGUUUUUAGGAAGUCCUAUGAUUUUGUGUUUCACUUGCUGGAAUGUGAGCAUGCGUGAGCCAUUUAGUCUAGAAUGGUUUCAAUCACUCGCCUAUUUCUUAGGACUGCUUCUUCAACUUUUCUUUUACUGUUAUUAUGGAACAAGGCUCUCAGAGGAGUUUGAACAUGUAACUACCGCUGUUUAUAUGGGAAAAUGGUAUAAAUAUGACGUCAAAUCACGCAAAGCUCUCAUUAUUUUAAUGGAACGUUCCAAAAAACCUACUAUUGUUACGGCUGGAAAAAUAUUAGAUUUGUCUUUAGAAACCUUCACAAUUAUCUUAAAAAGAUCAUAUUCAUUGCUAGCUGUCUUAAAAAAUCAAAAUUGAGUGUUGAGCUUAAAGCUUGCGUCUAGCGUAGUAAGAUGAGACAAAACCAAAGACUAAAACAGUUACUACUAAAAAAAUAAAUUUUAAUAUCUACUACAAAAAAAUUUAAGUUGCUCAAGACACGCAUUUUGGUUUUUUAUUGGAUUAUCUCAAGCCAUUUCUGACAAUUUUUAACCAAUAACAAAUACACUGCCAACAAUAAAUAUUUGCAAUGUAAUAAAUAUAUUAUUUAAUUAUUGCACUAACAGCAACAAAUGCAAACAAAUUUAAUUAUAAUUAAUCACAGUUGUGCACAAUCAGAUUAUUAGGUAAUUAAUUGUAAUCUGAUUACUUUGUAUUCAGUUACAAUGUAAUUAUUUUUAUUAGCCGUAAUACAUUAAUUAAAUUAAAAAGUAAUCGAUUACUUUGUAAUAAGGAACAUUUUAACAAAUUAUUUUGGAAAAUCAUCCCCUAUAAGAAAGUUAGUUAGUUUGUUUGAAUUAAAAUCCAUCAUUUUUGAAGUUAUAAUGCAUCAAAAUCUUAGUAUCUAGACUUUUGUCAAAACACCAAGAAACUUAUGUUUUAUCUUUUGUUAAAAUUCUACCCCCCAAGGAAACUAAACCUAGGUGAACAUUUAUAUAAAAAUCUGUAAUUUUUGAAUUGAAAGAAAAAAGCAUAUUUUAAUCUUUUUGUAAAUUCUACACCGCAAUAAAAAAAUCCGUCAUUUUUAAAGCAAAACAAUGAAGAUUGGUAUUGAAACCUUCGCUAAAAAACAAGUAAACACGUGUUUCAAGUUUUCUGAAAAUUUUACCUCUAGGAGGGUAAAUAUAAAAAUCCGUUGUUUUUCAA